AGGACUACCAGCCAGUCUCUUCAUCAGCAUAUACCACAACAAAGACUUAGUUGCAUUUUAUUUAGUUAGUAGAGAUUUAGCUUAAAUUCAGUAGAUGGCGGUAAUGCAGCUUGUCAGAUGCCAACCGCCAAUAAAGACCAAGGGAAAGAAGAACUGGAAACGGAAGCGCAUCUUUACUUCCUUGUCAAGGGUUUUGCGUGCGGCAAAGGCGCGCAAAUAGUGGCGGGUGUCAGGCACUGUACCAACCAACUACUUCUUUGUCACGCUCCAACUUUAAACGAACAACAAUACCAAUACGUUUACCGGAGCAAUGGCGUGUAAAAGAGGCGCUCUCAUCGUGCUGGAGGGAGUGGACAAGGCUGGAAAAACGACACAAUGUCAAAAGUUGGUGCAGGCUUUGCAGCAAAGUGGUCGUUCAGCUGAGAUGAUGAGAUUUCCCGAGCGGACUACGACGAUUGGUCAGCUUAUCAGCGCCUAUCUGGAAAAGAAAAGUGAUUUGGAAGAUCACACGGUACACCUAUUGUUUUCUGCAAACCGCUGGGAACUUGUGCCUUUAAUGAAGAAGAAGCUGGAGCAAGGCACCACUCUGGUUAUAGAUAGGUAUGCCUUCUCAGGAGUUGCUUUCACCAGUGCCAAGCCAGGCUUCUGCCUAAACUGGUGCAUGAAUCCUGAUGUGGGACUGCCAAAGCCAGACCUUGUAAUGUUUCUACAGCUUAGCCCCACUGAGGCUGCUCUCAGAGGUCAGUUUGGAACAGAGAGAUAUGAGAAUAGGGGUUUCCAAAGAACAGUCCAUCACAAGUUUGAGCAGUUGAUGAAGGAUUCUUCAGUCAACUGGAAGGUAAUUGAUGCCUCUCAGAAUAUUGAAGAUGUGCACAUAAACAUAAAGAACCAAAGCAUAACUGCCAUCAACACAGCUGAAGAUCAGCCACUUGGAGAGCUAUGGAAGUGAACCCUGGACAAGUUUUUAUAAUACC